AUGUGCAAAUACUUUUUAGUCAUAUUCUCAUGGACUCUAAUUAUUCUUUGCUCAACUUGUUUUUACUGGUUUUUCUCGAAAAAUUUGAUUGAAAAAUGGAAGUAAGUGAUUUUCAGACAAAAAAACAGAACAUUUUAAAUAUUUUCAGAUUUGGUAAAAUUUUCUUGAUCUCAGAUUCAUUGAUUUUUCUUCUGGUUAUCAUAAAUUUUUUAUUAGUUAUGUGUUUGGAUCCUGGAUAUAUCCAAAUUGGUAACUUAUGCAUUAAAACAUUCUAAAAAUAGUUAUGAGAUGGUUUUUUUUUAGAAAUUUCUCGUAUUUCGUUUGUCGAAAAUGGGGAUUUUUGUGAAAAUUGUCGAAUUUAUCGACCUCCUAGAUCACAUCAUUGCAAAUAUUGUAAUAGGUAAGGCGCUUUUUAUUUUUCAGUUGUUUUGUAGAAAAUUAUCGAUUUUUGCAGAUGCAUUGAAAUAUUCGACCAUCACUGUCCUGUGGUAAAUAAUUGCAUAGGAAAACUAAAUUACAAGUCAGUUCUUCCUUCACAAAAUCCCCCGUAAUCUCAAAUUUUCAGAUAUUAUUUCACCUUUUUACUUAGUCUAUUUUUACAUAUAACUUUAAUAUUUUUUAUUUGUGUUUUGCAUAUUUGGACAUCAAAUAAUCAGAAUUCGGAAUAUUUGUGUUCGUGGAUUUUAUUGGGAGUUUCAAUUGUUUCUGGUAUAUAUGUAUUUUCUCUACUUUAUCUUCAUUUAAAAUUGAUUUUCCUUGGAAAAACUACCAGAGAAUAUGUGAGUUUUUCAAUUUUUAUGGAAAAUCUGAAUGUUUUUUAGAACUGA